UUAACAGUCCCUCCGGAGCGGUGCUGAGCAGAGCGCAGCGCCAAGAGCCACAGACCCAUCCUCUGCGCACAUGAAACAUCUGCACAUCGGAGAGAGAGCUCCCCGGUUCUCAUGAUGGACUCGUUUCCUUCUUCCUUUUCGUCUUGAGUUUGGAGUUGUUGUAAGUGGCACUCGAAGUCCGCUGUGUGGAUAUCCAACUGGGAGAUGCUGCUUUACCACGGACAAUUCGCUUCUGCGUCCUGAGGGGAAUUUAAAUCUGGAAGUUACGAUGUGAAUGUGCAGCAUCAACUUAUCCAAUGAUUGAGGCCAGCACACCCACCAUGUUGGACAGAACUGAACCAGCACACUGCACUGUGUGCUGUUGUACUCUGACCAACAAAAUCCUCAUGGUGCUCUUCAUGGUGCUACUUAUAUUCGCUACCUUGUUUGGGAACUUGGUGACUCUGGCUGUGGUGCUGGGGACUAAACACUUCCACACGCCUCAGGGUUACCUGAAGGCAUCCCUCGCUGUGGCUGAUCUGGCAGUGGGGAUAUUCGUGGUGCCACUGUCGGUUUAUGCUGAGGUCUACCUCAUGGUGACCGACUCUGCACCUGAGUGGACGUCAUACAACUCGCAAUUAGUGAGUUUCCACCCAUGUAAUGUCAUCGGCCCCAUCUUUGCUGGGUGCACCUUUGUCUCCAUCACAACCAUUUUUCUGCUUACAAUUGAGAGGAGCAUCGCUGUAAUGAGACCUCUGCACAAGGACUCUGUGAUUACUCGUAAAAGGACCACGAUCCUGAUUGUCCUCUCCUGGGUGGGAAGUUUCUUCUUGGCUGUGUGUCCGAUGAUUUUCAGCAGCGAGAUCGGUUUAGAGUAUAACUCCUGUAGCCGGAUGUGUAACUACGCUCUGGGGACAAUCGGCGAUUUCCCCAGCCAGGCCUGGAACAUCCUCCUGCUCUUCCCCGCGUUUGACUUCACCCUCCUCGGCAGCACUGUGGUCAUUAACAUAAUCUCUCUUUCUAGCAUCAGGCAACACUCAAAACGCAGGAAACACUUGGCUGAGAGUGAAUCCCAGAACACCACCAAACCAACAUUCUCAGACAUUAAAGCAGCCAAAACCAUAGGGACUCUAACAGUGGCCUUCACAGCGUCCUUCACACCCAUUGCUGUCUUCGUUGUCGGGAACGUUUUGGGAAAUAAAUGGUGCAACUUCUCAUUUUUCGCCUUCUGGAUUUUAGCCACUAACAGUUGUUGGAAUGUCAUUAUUUACAGUGUGAGAGACCAAAAGUUCAGGAUCCGUGCACACAAACUCCUUAUGCCUUUUCAGAGAAAAACUGCCACCAAAACUUAAGAAAACACCAGGACUGCGCCAUUUAGAUGUUUGUCACACAAACUCUUUGUCGAACAUAAUGUGGGUCUCGUUAAGAGACGUGUAUGCAUGUUCUGUGGUUUGCUGUGUAUUAAAUUACAAGUUGUUUUAUAUCAAUUAAAAGCAUGGAGUGUUUUUGGAUCACAGGUGUUGGAUCUGACUGUCCCUCUCUGUGGGCCUUUGUCUUGUUUUGUGGAACGUUAAAUAAUUAAGGCCUGUUUCAGUCUGUGGAAUGUUUUUUUUUUUUACCUGAUUGUACAAACUAAAGUUAGUGCUGUCAACCGAUUAAAAUUUUGAAUCGGAUUAAUCAGAGGUUUGCUGUGGAUUCAUUUUAAUUAAUCACCAUUAAAUAUCAUUCAUUUUUAA